CGCCACUGCCCAGCCCGCCCGGAACCGGGAGAGCUUUAGGAGGCGGGCGUUCUUGGCGUCCCAGCACCUUGCCAUUGGUUGUCUGGGGUCGGUUGUGUAACGUGCGCAAAAGUCCGUGCGCAUUGUUCGUAAAUACGCAAAUGGUGACAGAGAAGGCGGAUCUACAGCUAGCCCUGCAGUCGGGCUACUUAUUAGCUCAUAUGUCCCUCGACUAACAGGGGGGGAAAAAAGGGGCACGCUUUGGUGUCUGAUGGUGACUAAAAGGUUCGGGAUUAAUUAUAUUACAAGGGUAAACGACAGUUUCCUGGCUGAUUCAGUAAGAAAGAAGGGAGACUUGAAAGGACGGCUGCUUUUUCUUUUUUCUUUUUUUUUUUUGAAAAGCAACGUUGUAAAUGUCUAUUUCGAGAUCGAUUCAAAAAGAAGAGUUAAAGCUGAUAAACCCUUAAAGGACACCCAGCUGCCGAGUGAAGAGCACCGUGGAUGCGUGAUGUGAUUAUCAAGACAGUUUUCGCUAGGAUCGGCAUUGGAGGUAACCCUUGGCCACCAGGCUCACCUCCCACCCCCAGAUGUGGCUUUACUAACCUGUGAUGGUGCCAUGUCCCAGUAAAGGAUUGGAUGCGAAAAGCCAUUUUUGCUAAUCCUUUAACAAAAUGGCUCAUGGCUGGAAUUCAUACUUUCCAAACUUCCCACCUCGUUCGUCAGAUCCUCGAAGUCUAAGGAGGACAGCAGAGUCUGAUAGAUCUGCACCCCAGCAUUUUGGAAACUUUACUGGACAUCAUGGUUUCUCUGGUGCAGUGGGAUCACGACAAUUCCCUGCACCAAACACAAACUUUAAUGCGAACUAUUGCAGAAGUAACAGUUUUGAACCUCCAAGGUCAGACUGUUUUUAUAACCGGUACAAUGAAAGGCAAUGGCAAGGUAAUAGACAAGAUGUGGCAAGGGAUUACCCGCCAAGAUAUAGGGGUAGAGAUUUCCCCAACUAUGCUUCAAACUCCUUCCCUACACCAGGAUCUUACCAUUCGUCUUUUGCACCAGAUUUUCAUCGUCCGAAGCAAGACCACAUGCAAGCCACAUCAUAUCGGGGGAACUACUCUGCUGUUAGCAACUGCUCUGACACAGAUGCUAGGGAAGCACGGCCUUCAUGCAAAUUCACCCGAAAUAAUUUUUUGCCAAGACCAAAAACUGACAUUGUUUCAAAUGAAGGCUCCACGAAAUACAGUUUCUCUGCAACUGGAAAUGGCAAUAACCAGAUGGAAAGACUGUGGCCUAGAACUUCAGCGAUUAAUUCAUUUUCAGUCAAAGAUUACAGGGAACAUGAUCAUUCUUCUGCUAACUCUUCUGAUGUGAGGACUACAGGGACUGAACGUGAUGCUUUUCCUUAUCCACAAAAAAAGGUUAAUCUGGACAGAGACAUUGCAGAAGCUACAUAUCCAGGCUUCAGUAUGACUGAAAAAUGUCCUAGAGAUGGAAAUCAGCAUUUUGUGAACCAAGAGGAGGAUCAUAUUCUAAAAUCAACAGCUCCGUCUAAAUUUGACAAUGAGCAGAGUUACAUAAAGGAUGACUUUUUAGAGGAAAUCAAUCAAAGUGAGGAAUUGGAUCCUCCAACCUCAACUGAUGAUCAAAGCACAGCUAUGAAUGAGCCUGAGUUAGGAAAAGAUCGGUGCUUAACAAACCUUUUGGAAAAAUCAGGCUCAUUAGGUGAGUUUUUUGAUGAAAAAACAUCCAUGAUUUCAAAUUCCACUGAUUUGGAAGAUGAAAUGAUAAAAGCUGACAAACAUGAAAGAGAUAUUCAGAAGGAUGCAUCUCAAUUGCUGGUUCUGCAUGAAUCAAAUUCUUCAGACAAUGAUGAUGAGCAAAGCGAAAGCAUUUUAAGUAGCAACAACCAUAACACGGAGUUCAGUUUGCAGUCAUCUGAACAGAAAUCUUGUGAAAGUCUCAGUGGUGUGAGUGAUGAUGAUUCACGUGACUCUAACACAGUCACAAAGAUUGAUCAAGAAGUACAAAAAGACAAGGAACUACUAUGUAAAACUGUAGAGCAAAACACAGCUUUUUCUCUAGAUGCGGAUUUUUCCAAGCCAGGUGAUACUAGGAGCUACUCUUCUAAUCAGUUCAGUGAAAUUGAAAAUAAAGGUGUGGCUAGUCGAGCAUCGUCAAUGACACACAGUUCAGAUACUGAUGAAUGUUUUCAUAAAGCUCAAAAAAAUGUAAGUGCAGAAAAGUUGACACUUUCCCAAAAUCUGCCUUGUAUUGGCUCCAUUGCCCUCAGUGGCAUUUUGAAGAAUUCAGCUUUUAAAGAUAAUGAACAUGUGCAUACUGAGACAGACUUGCAGCAAACCCCUUUGAUCAAUGACAGCAAUCAUAGUCUGGAAAAGGAAAGCUCACCAGAAAACACAACUGUGGUCCUCUCAAAAGAUGAAUCCAUACUAAGGCAAAAUGAUUCUGCAAAAAAUUUGCAUACAGUUCAGGGAACUAGAAACCUCCCUGCAAAGAACACCUACUCAAGUAAAGACUCCAGUCCCUCUAUCACAAGUGACAAUAUCCCUGUUGAUAAUGAUAUGGUUAGUCAGUCAGAACUCAAUAGUAAUUGCCCAGACUUGCCUACUUAUCAGGACACGGGAAGUCUACCACACAAGGAAACUCCAGAAUUGCCUUCAAGUCAGAAAUCUAGUCCACGUGUCACUCAUACCAAUUCCCCGAUUGAUACUAAAGAUAUUGAUCAUUCAGAAUCCCCAGACCCAAAUGUCUUAAACACAGAUGUGCUUCUAUCUCAUUCAAAUGAAGGUCCACUGGUGGGCACAAGUGCUACCUCCCAUACAGAUCAAACAUGUAUUAUCACUUCUAUAACUGACAUUAACACACAAAAAGAUUUAAGUAACUUGAAGUCCUGUUUAAACUCUCAUGCCACUAGUGGUCAGGAGAAUAAUUUAAAUUCUGCUUUGUUCCCAGAUCCACACUAUUCAUUUAAUGAUCAUUCUGUGGUUCAGGAAAAGAAGGAACAUGUAGAUUUUCCUGAAGAUGCAAAGGAUUCAUUUGAAAAUUCAGAUUUUCCCACAAUCAUCUCAUCAGAACCAGGCCUGUUGUAUGGCGAACCUCUGUCUGCAGAUGAGUCUUCAUGCAGUGCUUUAGAAACAGUUGAUGUCUCACAUCAGCUUCAAGAAAUGCAUGAGAGGACACCUGUGGAGGGCCCCAUGGACCAGCCAGAACGGCCAAUACCUCAAUUGACAUCAUCUGCCCAUAUGAGACCCUUCCUUCACCCUGUUGUAAUACUGAUGAACAUGGAGACGUCAGAUAAAAUGGGCAGCACAUACAAUUGUUCUAAUUGUCUACAUAAAGCUAACAGUGUAGAUCUUCUGAUCGAGCACCACUACUGUUGCCAUCCAAUGCCAAGUUAUCAACAUUGUAACACAUGUGAUGUCUAUUUCAUGAAGAGUGAAGAUGGCGAACAGCAUUGUUGUAAUCAGAUCAGCACACAGAAGAAGAAAAACUGUGGUCCCUACAGGUGCAGUAGGUGUGGCCUAAUAUUUUCCAGAAUACUUCACUAUGUUAGGCAUAUGCGUGAUCACACUGGAAGAACACCUUAUAGGUGCAGUGGAUGUGGCUUGUACUUUUCACAGUCAAGUUCUUUGAAUCAUCACAGAAGAGUUCCUGGUAGGUGCAAGCAGUCUCUAAAAGCUAAGAAGACAUGCACCAUUCCUAUCAAAACUGAAACCCCAACACAGAAAGAUGUGGCCCUAAACAAUUCAUAUGAAAGCAUGAAGCCAUGUUACGUCAGGCUCAUUGACAUCUCCAAAACCAAUGUCUGUCACUAUUGUGGCAAAGCUUUUUCUUCCGCAAAACGACUCAAAAAGCAUAUCUACAAUGUGCACAAGGCGGAAAGGAUGUCCUCUCUAAGUGAGAAAGAUGCUCCAUAUAAAUGUCCUCUUUGUCCAAGACAUUUCAAAUACUCGUAUAACAGGGCUCGGCAUUUGCGCUUCUGUGUCCGAGAUGCAAUAUAUGGAGGAAAGAAGAAAGUUGGUGACAAAUAUGCAUGUCCCUUGUGUAAUGCUACCUUCACUGCGUCAUGCAACAGAUAUAGACAUAUUAAACUAACUUGCCUGCGAGAAACUCUUAAUCGGCUCGCGAGAGAGAGGCUUAAAUGGCGUCAAAGGUCUUGUAAGCACAACGAGCAAAAGAUCCAAUCAACAGACCCUCUACAGAUGAUACAAGCUAAGGAGGAAGAAGCAAAAAUGGAGGAACCCCAAGAUUUAGCAUCCAAGAUUCAUUACAAAUGCAGUCACUGCCCUGCUAUAUUUUUUCAUCCCUCUGGAAAGUAUAGACACAUGAAAAAACAUGAGUUGUUUAAGCGGACUGGCAAAAUAAUCAGGUAUAGGAAAUCUGCCUUACCCAAACCAGUAUCUUCAUGUGACAAAAAAACUGACAAGAAUGCCAGUCAACCUGACAAAGUAGAAGAAAAUCCAAAGAAAACUUUUAGAUGUCGCUUUUGUGGCCUAAAUUUUCGUAUUCUAGCAUCGUUAAAGAGACAUGAGGGUAGUCAUUGUGGUGACAAACCAUACCGCUGUCUGGAAUGUGCAAAGGGAUUUAAGAACCUUUCACAUCUCAUUGCUCACAGAGUUGUACACCAGAAGAGGAUACAGUGUACAGUCUGUAAAAAAGUUCUACCUACAAUUGGAGAACUGAUCCAACACCGAAGCUCUCACCUUGAAAAGGGAAUGCUCCAGUGCCCAGAGUGCCCAGCACAGUUUCAGUAUCCAGUGUAUCUGCUUAGGCAUUUAGUGACACACAGAAACAAAGACAAGAAGACACAGAAACCUGCAAUGGAAACUCAAACAAAGCCAAAACAAUGCUCUGAAUCUGUCAAAGAGCAGACUGGGCUAAAAUCUUUGCAAUGUUCACUCUGUAAAGAAACAUUUGAUGAUGCCCACAUUUUAAGAAAACACAUUCUCGCACACAUUUCAAGAAGUUCUUCAAACCAGUGUCCAUUCUGCAAAAAAAAGUUUAAAACGCGUCAUUCUUUGACACGCCACACGAUCAGACACACCGGGGAAAAAGCUUUUUCCUGUGCCAACUGUGGAAAACAGUUCUACCGUUCAGUAUACCUCAAAAUUCACACAGAGAGUUGUAAACAACCAAAUACCAAUCCCAAUAUGGAAGCAAAUUUGAGUAAUCCUAUAAACAAACGGCUAUCGUGUACCAUAUGUCCCCGGAGAUUUUGGAAAAGAAUCCGUUUAGAAAUGCACAUUAAGGGCCACAAAAAUAAGUCUCUGCAUAUAUGUACAAAAUGUGGUCAAUACUAUGGAAUACACAUGCUAACUCGGCAUAAGGUGAUGUGCGUCGGGACCAAAGAGAUCUCCUUGGCCAGUGAAUCCCUUGAUGAUAAUUCAGAGUCAAACUCAACUGAAGUAAACAACGGUGUCCAAGAAAAAACUUCUGACUCAGAUGAAAGUAAAUUGUUGCCACUAAAAUGCCAAUAUUGUUCAAAACGGUUCAGAUACACAUCCCUCUUACUAAGACAUACUGUUACACAUACUGGCCUGCAACCCUUCCAAUGUAUGAACUGUGACCAAAGGUUUAGCAGUAAAACUCGAUGGUUAAAUCAUGAAGCUUCAUGCCAUCCUAAGUCAAAAUCAGAUUCACAAAAACUCAAAAUUGAGGCAGAGGAAGAUUCUGCUUCACAAACAUUCCCAUCUGAGGUUGAAGCUGAGUUAAAAUGUAGAUUCUGCACUAAGACUUUCAUUAAAGCACGAAGCCUGAGGCAUCACAUUCUGACGCACAAUGAGGUGAAGCCAUAUCGCUGCAAAGCCUGUGACAGCUGCUUUUCAAGAUACGAUCACCUGAAAGUGCACCAGGCUCUUUGCAAAAGUAAAAAGACACGGCUAGAAGUGAGAAUCCCUAAAAUUAGUCUGGAAGAUGUUGGCAAAGGUUGGCAAAGUAAAUUCAACCUAAAGUCGCCUGAUGAGCAAGAGAGCUUUGACUGUAAAGUCUGCUUGAAAAGCUUUACAGCUGAGAAUAAACUUUCUCGACAUAUCACUAUGUUCCACACUGUAAAGAAAUUCAAGUGCCGCUAUUGUGGUUCUGCCUUCUCUCACGAAAAAACAUUGAAACAUCAUCAAAAGAUGAGAAAAUGCAGAAAGCAGAGAGAAUCAGAGACUCCAUUACAGGAAACUGAUAAACCAACUGACAAUAUUAUCCAAAAUCUUGAUGGGAUAAGGAAAAAAAUAUUGGUGAGGAUUCAGCCUUUAUUCAACAAAGACCUUAAGUUUGUGUGCAGCUACUGCCCCCGUGCUUUCAAAAACAGCUGGCAGUUAAAUGUACACACCCGAUUACACACAGGAGAGAGGCCAUAUUCAUGUGAUCAAUGUGGAGAGAGAUUCAUAAGAAGUGAUUAUCUGUCACGUCAUAAGUGUAAAGAUAAAACUCAGCCCAGCAAUGUGCUCUGCGACAGAUGUGGGGGAUUUUUCUCUGAAUCACAACUUGAAAACCACAAAAAAGCUUGCAUUCUAAAAACUUGCUCACCAAACGAUUCCAAAAGCAAACAGCCAACCAUUCAAAGCCCACCGAAAGGCUUUUCAUGUGCAUACUGCAGUUUACGAUUCUUGUUAUUUUCACAACUCCAGGAACACUUUUUAACUACACACAAGCAAGACACGGACACUCCACCCAUCUCUACUGCUCCACUGCAACAACUUCUGUCCAACAUACCCAAAAUCAAAGAGGAGCCUGUGGAUGAGCUUUACGGAAAAGCCUCCUCUAAUGAUGUUGUGUUGCCUAUACCAGACACUGGUCUAGCUCCUGAUGCCUCAGACUUGCUUGUCUGCCAGGAGUGUAACAUGUGCUUCACAAACAGAGCAGGACUAAUUGGUCACCAGCGUGUACAUUCAACACGAGUACCCUAUGUCUGUAAAUACUGCAAAAGGGGCUUCUGGAAUAAAACUCAACUCCGAAAUCACUACAGAAAAUGUAGACGUGGAAACCAACGGCAGGACAUCCCUAUAAAAGCAGAGAGGGAUGAUGCUUUUAUUAGCCCCAAGUCCAAAGGCAAUUUUGAAACGAGAGCAGCAACAACACCCUGUGCAAAAGUGUUGCAAACUAAUGUCCCAUGUAAGGAAGAGCCAGAGGAUGAAUCGACACAAAGCUCAUAUGGAAAUCAGGCCCAGAGUGGAAACUCUAGUACCGAAAAGAAAUCUGUGCAGUACCAAUGUUCUGAAUGCGAUAAAAGCUUCACUGAUGGCCUGUUGCUGAUAAGUCACCUUGAAGACCAUGGAAGAGAGGAAGAAGAGAAAAAAUCUAAUAAAUGUCCCAAAUGUGGGCGAGUGUUCUCUAAUCCGGGAAAUCUGAGAAGACACAUGAAACUGCAUGUAGUCCACCAAAAGUACUUCUGUCCAUUUUGCACUAAGGUGUGCAGCAGUAUGACUGAGCUUGAAAAGCACAAAGCAACUCAUGAUCAUAGUAAACCUUUUACUUGCAAGUUAUGUGAGCUACCAGUUGCGACAAGGCAUGUCUUACGUGAACAUUACAUUAGUGAACAUGCUGAUGACAUAUUUCAUUGCCAGUGGUGCAGCAAAAUGUAUUCAUCCAAAAAGUCCCUGUCAAGACAUUGUAAGGAAUGCCAUCCAAAGGAGAUACGAGAACAAAGGGGUGGAUAUCUGCAGUGGGGUAGUGUUGAACAGCAGUCUAGCAGUUAUGUUAGUACAAAUGGUGAUAGUGAUGAAGAUCAAAACCUUGGCAGCGACAGUGACUCUGACUCAGCCCCUUACUUCCCCUGCCAUGUGUGCGGAAAGACUUUCCCAACAUCAGAAAGUCUUGAGGACCACCAGUUGUGUCACCUUGGCAAAAAGCCACAUGAAUGUGCUGAAUGCGGUAAAUGUUUCUUCCAGGCGUCCCAGUUGCAACAGCAUCAGCGCAUGCACAAGUCUGAGUUUCAGUGUCCAACAUGUGGUAGAGGAUUUGUAUCGCUGUUUGCACUACGGAAUCAUAAACAUUCUCACGGGAAGAGCCGUCCGUUCCGUUGUCCAAAGUGUGACCUAGGCUUUGCUGGACCCACACAGCUAGCAGAGCACAUGUCAACGCACCGAGAAGAGAGCUUUCCAUGCGAUAUCUGCAAUAAGAUAUUUCAGUGUAAAAGCAGCAGAGCUGAGCAUCGCAAGACCCACACAAUGUCAAAUGAAGACCUCCUGACUUCAGGUUCCAAGGGAGAGCUUGAACACCCUAAAAGCAUGUUCGGAUAUACAACCGAGUUCAAGUACCGCUGUGGCAUCUGUAGUGAGCGCUUCAGAGAUCCAGAAGAACUCUCUGAACACGGAUGCUUGGAGGCAAGAGAGCGACCCUAUACUUGCACAGAGUGCAACAAAUAUUUUCUUCAUGCAUCUCAUCUGAAAAAGCACCAAAUCACUCAUCAGCAGCCAUGGUCUGAUAGAGAAUAUCCAUGUAAUCAGUGUAACAGUAGUUUUUCCUCAUCUCAGCACUUCCUCAGUCAUCUCAAAACCCAUGUUGGCACUACAAUAGUAUUGGGUCAGGAAAGGGACUCAUCGAAGGGAUUCAUAUGCCCAGUUUGCCACCAGUGUUUUAGUAGUGCCACAGAACUGAUCCAACAUUUUCCAACUCACCCUGAUUGUUCACCUGAACAGGAAAAGGCGGAACAACAUACCUCAGACAGUGAGUCAGAAGAACAAGAAGUUCUUCACCCUACGACACCAAUUGUUUAUGAUUGUGCGGAGUGUGGUAAAAGAUUUUUAAAGAAAGAGGCUCUUCUUCACCAUAAUUGUUCUCUGAAACGGCAAGAAAUAUUGGAGAACAGGUACUUGGAUCAGGAAGAUGCUAGUCCAACUCAUGAGGCUACAGGGGACGAAGAGGAAGUCGAUGUUAUUGGAGAAGAUCUCUACAGAUGCCAGGAUUGUUCAGUGCAGUUCUCUUCCAAAAGCAGCCUACUGGAACAUCAAAACACUCAACACUCCAAAAUCUUGAGAGACUAUAAAUGCGAGACCUGUGGAAAGACCUUCAGCAAGAAGCGUUACCUCAGAAAGCAUGAACUAAGACAACAUGGUCCUAAAGAGUAUGUUUCUACUAAAGCAGACCUGGAAAAGAAGUUUAAAUGUAUCCAAUGUCGAGCGAGAUUCAAUACAUGCCAAGACUUAUCUAACCAUAUGAGACUGCAUGCUGAGAAACAUGUUGGGGAGUAUCGUUGUGACAUGUGCUACAAGUCAUUUAGCAAGCGGGUUCUUCUUAGACAGCAUCAGGAGAGUCAUGUUGGCGAAGUUGUGUAUGAAUGCACGGAGUGUGACAAAGCUUUUGCUUUUCCUCACCUGCUGGAAGAACAUCAACUUUCUCACGUAGCAUCUGCUAAGUAAUGUUCCAGUUCCUCCUGUAUACCUUAUCUUCUUUCUAAAUCACUUAAAAUCAUAUAUUCUAAGGUCCCUUUAUGCCUUACUUUUGUGUACUUCCAACUGUUUGGACCUUACUUGUUGCAUAUUCACAAAGCACUUGACCUAGGGUCAGGUAUGAUAGAACAUGUUUUCUUUAGUUAUGUGUUGUUUUUUUUUAUUAUUGUAUUGAGAUUAGUAAAAACGAUUUCUGAUACAGUGUUUGUAAAUCUGUGUUACAAAUUUUGAAUUAUUGUUUGAUUUACAAAAAACAUGUACAAUAUGUCUUUAAUGACCUAGAUUUUGAGGUUUGACAUAUUUUGUUGACAUUCUGUAAAGUAGGCUUUACCUUGUUCAUUUUGUUCCUUUGAAAUGGCUUUCAAUGCUACGACUAUUCCUGUUCAAGAUAAAAAAAAAUUCUGUUUAUUUCUUGUAUGCCUUUUAUCAAUUGUUUCUAAAUUGAUAACGUGAAAAAAAUCUUGUACAGACAGUGAUAUGUUGCUUUAAUGGGAAUGUUCUUUUCAUCACUUUAUUCUUAAAGAAACUAGUUGCAAUUAAAUGGUAAAGUCAACUUCAGUAUCCAAUUCUAGUUCUGAUUUGUGUCUCUUCAUGUUGUUUCUACCUCAGAAGUAAAAGAUUUGGCCAUACGUUUGUGAUAUAGCAGAGAAACCUGAUGCUUGGAGACAUUUGAAGUUGAAAAAACUACAAAAGGUUAAGUACAUUUAGAUAUACUUUUUGGGUUAUUACAGGAAUGUUGGACCAAGGGUGUAUCUUUGCGAUAAAAGUUGGUGGGGACGCUCUAGGGGUGGUGGCUGAUGGACCUACAGCUACUCAACCCGAACACUACCAAUACGGUUUAUAUUUUCCAAAAAUGAGCUCAAACAUAUUAUUAUUAAAUGCUUUACUAUUGUUGAGAACACAAGAGUACCACAAUACAUUUCUGGUAUUUAUAGUUAUAGACAGAUGACUGCCUUUAGUGCAUUAUUUUAUAAAGGGUUCAAAAAUAUUAAUG